CAGCUCCGACAACUGGACCCUUAGCCUGGGAACCUCCAUAUGCUGAAGGUGUGGCACUAAAAAGACCAAAAAAGAAAAAAGAAAAAAAAAUCACAUGUACACCUGAAACUAAUAUGAUGCCAUAUGCUAACUCUAUCUCCGAAACCCUGAAGCUGCAUAUUUGGGCAAAGGCUCCGCAGGUCCAUCGGCAGGAUUACUGAACCAUGGCCCAUGCGACCCGAGAUGCCAUGAGGCAGGUUUUCAGGAGCUUCCCUAGAAAGAUUUUGAAACCAGCCAGAGGAACAAGGAGGCUGUGCAGCUGACAGCGAGGAACGGGGCCCUUAAACCUGUGUCUGUCAGGGCUGGAGCCUAGCGGCCUGCAGGGGCUGCGUCUUCUGAGAUCGGAGGGGACGCCCGUUCUUGCUCCGCUUCUGCACCUGAGGCCCCGCUCCGCCCGGCGUGCCGGCUGCCAAGGCUGCCUAAAGGGGCCUGUGCCUCCUGGAAACCCUGGGAGACAGCGCCACUGCCCUGUGCCCGCUCAGGGCCCUGGCCUCCUGGCGCCAGCCUCACGCAUCUCAGUGGUGUCCUUGAGGGAAACUGUCACCUGCCAGGCAGUGGACGCGUCCCCAGAGUCCGAGUUUGGCCACCUUCGGUUCCCAGGGAAGGGGGGCAGGUAUCUGAUGAGAAGAGGCCGCUGCCUCUCAACCCCUUGGGGCAGCCGCACUGCUCUGCGCUCGUGGUUUCAGAUGUGGGCGGCCGUGUCAGCCUUCUGUGCGCGCGGGGCUCACGUCACCGGUCGAUGACUUAUCUCCUGAAUCGGGCUGAGGGCCUGUGCUGCAACCCCCGAGUGCAGGGUGACAAGUCGCCUCCAGGCCAGUCUCACUUGCCAUGGGACCCAGCAGACGUGUCCGGGAAGGCUGGACCUUGGAGAGCGAGGCCCUGAUGUGUGAGGUGGGCUCCCGGCUCCUGAUCUGCUCCUGCAUCUGUACCUGUGUCGGCCUGGGCGUCUCCGUCCCGGGGGAUGGAGCAGGGCCGGGGGCUGGGGCGUUCAGCUGCCACAACAACAACAUUCUCCGGAUCGACUGCCACUGGUCUGCCCCGGAGCUGGGCCAGGGCGCCAGCCCCUGGCUCCUCUUCACCAGCAACCACGCGCCGGGCAGCAAGCACAGGUGCGUCUUCCGGGCCAGCGUGUGCACCGUGGAGCUGCCGGCCGAGGAGGUGCUGGUGCCUUCUGACGACUUCACCAUCACCUUCCACCGUCACGUCUCUGGGCAGGAGCAGGUCAGCCUGGUGGACCCACAGUACCUGCCCCGGAGACACGUGAAGCUGGACCCCCCCUCUGACGUGCAGAGCAACGUCAGCUCCGACCACUGUGUCCUGACCUGGAGCGUCCGGCCCGCCUUGGAGCCGCUGGCCUCGCUGCUCAGCUAUGAACUGGCCUUCAAGAGGCAGGAGGAGGCCUGGGAGCGCGCUCGGCGCAAGGACCGCAUCAUCGGGGUGACCUGGCUUAAACUUGAAGCCGUCGAGUUGGACCCUGGUUCCACCUACGAGGCCAGGCUGCGUGUGCAGAUGGUCACCCCCGAGGACGCGGCGGACGAGGAGGAGCGCUACGAGGGCCAGUGGAGCGAGUGGAGCCUGCCCGUGCGCUUCCCCGCCCCCCGGAGGCGAGGUGCCCUGGCCCGCCCCCUGGGACAGCCCGACAGCGCCCUCGUCGCUGUGUCCAUUGUCCUGCUGCUGACCAGCCUGACCUACCUGCUCUUCAGGCUGUCGCCCAGGAUGAAGGUGGCCUGGUACCGGGACGUGCCCUCGCCUAGGCCAUUUUUCCAGCCUCUCUACAGCCUGCACAACGGGGACUUCCAGACCUGGCUGGGGGCCCACAGAGUGGGUCCGAAGGACGGGGUCAGCGCCCCCCAAGGAGGCUUGGCGGCUAGUGUUCGGGAGGCCGUUGCUCUACUCACCUACGACCCGACGGAUGCCUGGCGGUCUGUGGGCCUGGAGGAGGAGAGUAGCGGCACCAGCCUCCCAGCAGGUGCGUUGCCAGCAGGACUCAUGCAGUUGGCAGGACAAGCGCCCUCCUACCUGCCGCAGGAGGACUGGCUUCCUGCAAGCCCCGCCAGGCCAGCUCCCCUGCAGUCAGAGGGUGACAGUGACUACUGUGCCUUGGACUGCUGUGGAGAGGGCCUCCCUCCCACCUUCACAGGAGACGCGCGGGGCUCCCAGCCUGGCCUGGCCUUGGCCUGUGGCCUGUCCUAUGACCAGCAGAGCCUAGACGCCCAGCCAGGAGGUGACUGUGUGGGCGUCGGUCACCAUCAGAGGCCAGAUGCUGGUGAAGGGGCCACCUGAGGCCCCUGCCCUUGGCCCCAUCUCCAUGUGUUGCACUUGUCCAUCCUGGGGAACGUGGGCCGGGGUCCCUGGACCUGAGCCCUGAAGGGCGCUGGCUGAACCCGUGCAGGCGGGCUCUGCCCCCACUCCCCUGAGCAUCCUGCCAGCCAAGCCCCCGCCCCAUUCCCUCCCUGCUUCCUGGUUUAACUCCAGGCCCCUCUGGGACAAGGGGUGUUGGCCCCACCACGUCUUCUGUCCCCAGUCCCUUAAGGGGCCAGUCUGGGCCAAUGGGCACAGGUGAUCUGCUGUGACCAGGCUGAGUGUCCUGUUUCUGUGCCUGCCUGAGGUACUUCUACUGAGAUUAAAAGGGACAGGGUGGCUGUUUCAAA